AUGCACAUGUCCGAGCCACUCUGCAUUGGAUCCGGCGCAUUGGACCUUUGGAUAUUUUGUGUCAUCUCGUGCUGGAUCUCACCCAGGUGGGUCAGCGAUGAUGAUGAAUUCCAAGCGCUUUUGGUCCCACCACCAGAUCUUCAACACCUGCAGCCUGUGUCGAUGGACAAGAUCCCGGGCUCACAUGUAAUACAUGGCCUACAAGGGACAACAAUGACAACAGAGGUGACAAUGAUAAUGGGGACAAUGACUACAGUGGCACCUGUGGAACUUCCUGAAGAUUCCUCCACCAGGAUGAUCAACCCAGAAACUCACAAGCAGACAUUUGUGCUCUCAAAAGAGCUCAUCAUAUCCAUCUUCUUCACUCCAGACACAUUGGCAUCUCUUUCUGCUUACAAAAAAUGUAUCAUCAAAAAGUUUAUUUGUGAAGUGAGGCUCAAAAUACCAGCACUUCUCACUGCAACUCAAUGGAACACUAACAAUAAAGAUAUAGGAAAGAUCUGGUAUGUGGUGACAAAAUUUUGCACCGCAUUCAUGACAAUCAUCUGUCAAGCCAUCAUGAUGGGAUACUCCCUUUUCCCUCCACCGGGAUGUGAUAUCCUACCAGACACCUUUCGCGUCGAUCAGGAUGGCGCACUUGUCAUUCACAUCAAGUUCAACAAAUCACCACACUGGCAACUACACUAUGCCAUUGGUGCCGCUGGCACAAUCACAGAGUUGGUAUUGAUAGAACAGGGCAUGGUGCAGCUCACAAAGGGUAGGAUUACCCCUCAAAUAAUGUCUCUGACAUUCAACAACAUUCUUUUGGCCUUAGAUGUGCUCAGCGAUGAUGAGAAGGCUGUUGUAGAUGAGUUUAAAGACAGCAUGGUCGUUUGCGGGCACUCACAACAGCACAUCAAUGACGACUUGUCUGAUUUUGAUUUUCAAUAA